AUGUUCGGCGGCGGCGGCGGUGGCGGCGCGUACGGCGGCGGCGGCGGCGGCGAGUGCGCGGGCGACGGGUACGGGCUCGGGUACGUGGCGGGCGGCGGCCGCCUGCAGCAGUACGCGCACUUCGCACCGCACCAGAACGUGUGGCAUCACCACCACGCGCACCACGACUCCUACGGUGGCGGCAGCGUGGGCGGCGUGGGCGUGGGCGUGGGCGGCGUGGGCAGCGUGGGCGGCGGCCUCUACUCGCAGAACGUGGUGAUGGGCUCGUGGUGCGCGCCCUACGAUGCGUUGCAGCGCCCUCCGGCAUACGGUGCCGACGCCGAGCUGCUCUCGCGCUUCUAUAAGGACGGCUCCGUGCACAGGUGGAUGAGUGUGGAGGGCAUGGCCCGCGGAAUGAAGAAGUCGGCGGCGCGUCGUCACGGCCAGUGCUGCACCAACUGCGGGUCGCGCACCACCACGCUGUGGCGGCGGAACAACGACGGCGAGCCGGUCUGCAACGCGUGCGGACUCUACUAU